AUAAUCUCUUCCAACGUGUCUUAUGAUCAUCUAAAGCCAGCUGAAGAUGCUAAAUUACAGAAACUUAUGGAUUUCCUGAAGCUUGAUGAGGAGGCACCUUUGCAAACUGGGAAUCCAGAUGUUAGAUUUUAUUGGCAGAUUAUGACACCAAGAUUGGACUGGCCUAGUUUUGAUUAUGGAUGGUUGAAAGACUUUCACAUGGGCGCUGCCAUGAAGAUGUUCCGCAACAGAUUCAUCUGUGAUCCUUCUCAGUACCCUAACCAACGCAUAGCCUUUUUGGAUCAAGAUAUGCUCUCAUCACUAUUGAGAGAUUUCGACCAGUUUGCACUUUCACGAAGAAAUUUCUUGUUCAGAGACAUGUACUUGGAACACUACAAUGGUUUAGCUCCUGUUGACUCGCAGACAAAGAAGAAGUGGUACGUUGAUGUGGAUCAUAUACGCUUGCCUUUUUGUCAACAAAAAUCAUUGGGUGGCUCUGGAUAUUGACUUGCCAGCUAGAACCAUAUACGUGUAUGAUAGCAUUCCAUCCUUGGUGAAAGAUUCUGAUUUGGUGAAAGAAUGCAUUGCACUUAGGCGAAUGAUCCCUGCAUUGUUAAGUCAAGCAAUUCCUCCACAGGUUCGCAAGAAGAGCUAUGCCAUGCUAGAGGUGAAACGAGUGACACAAGGUGUGCCAUUGAAUAAAGAUCCAGGCGAUUGUGGUGUGUUUGCUCUAAAGUAUAUUGAGUGCUUGGCCCUUGGGAAAAAAUUUGAUGGGAUAUGCGAUGAGAACAUCCCGGCGAUUCGGAUAAAACUUGCAUGUGAGUUAUUUGAUGAAGUUGGUGAGAGUAUUGGCCAUAGAAUGACUACUAUUUUGUCUCAGCCUAAUCAGUUUGUAAUACCCCACCUUAUUGAUGAAUCCCUCACUUCAUUGAUGAGUGAUGAGUGAUAGUUUGUUUUGAGUUUAAAACCUUUUAUGGUGGUGUCUUUGUUUUUGUUGUAAUUCAUGUUUACUAACGAUCAUGUGGAAUUCAUGUUUACAAAC